AUGUCUUUGCACGCGCACAAAGAUGCGUUGAUGUGUAAGGUAUUCCCCUCAAGUCUCGACUCCACGGCUUUGAGAUGGUUUAAUGGGCUACGAAAAGGCUCCAUCCAUAGUUUUGCCGAGCUGAUCCAGGAGUUUGGCGCCCGAUUCGUGACAUGCAGCCGGGUGCCGCAACCGGUGGAUGCAUUGCUUUCCAUAAAUAUGGGGGUCGGCGAAACCCUUCGGAGUUACGCUAGUCGGUAUUGGGAGCUGUACAAUGAGAUUGGUGGGCCUAAUGAAAAGAUUGCGGCGAGCACCUUCAGGAUGGGCCUACCUGAGGAUUCUGAACUACGAGAAUUGCUGACGAAAAGGCCCCCGGAGGAUAUGAGGCAACUUAUGAGACGUAUUGAGGAGUACAAACGCCUCGAAGAUGAUCGGCUACAGAAUAAGGGAAAGGCCCCGUUGUUGAGCCGCUCCCGAUAG